CCAGACGGCGGCUUGUACACGGCCACACGCUACGAGUUUCGGAGCCUCCCCGACAUCCGGAGGAACCUGCACCAGCGGCCGCUGAAGACGGAGGAGUCCCCACUGCACUGGCUGAACGAUGCUGAAUUUGUGGCCUCUGUGCUGCUCCGGGAGAGCAAGGACAGCCCCGUGGGUGACGAUGACAAAAUCUACUACUUCUUCACGGAGCGGGCGGGUGAGGAGACCACAUCCUUCUUUGACAAGAGCCAGGUGGCCCGUGUGGCCCGUGUGGCCCGUGUGUGCAAGAGUGACGUGGGGGGGAAGAAGAUCCUGCAGCGCAAGUGGACGUCCUUCAUGAAGGCACGCCUGGUCUGCUACAUCCCCUACUACGAGGUGCUGCGCAGCGUCUGCAGCCUGGACGGGGGCGGCUGGGCCAGCACCGUCUUCUACGCCGCCUUCACACUCUCGGCACAGUGGAGGACCAUGGAGGCCUCGGCCGUGUGCCGCUACAGCAUCUCGGCGGUGCAGCGCGCCUUCGAGGGCCCCUACAUGGAGUACCAGGAUUCGGCUCGCAAGUGGUCCCGCUAUGAUGGUGCGGUGCCUGAGCCCAGGCCCGGCUCUUGCAUCACGGACCACUCCCGCAGGAAGGGCUACAACUCCUCGCAGGACCUGCCUAACAGCGUCUUGGACUUCGUCAAGCUGCACCCGCUUAUGUUCGAGGAGGUGAAGCCGGCCGGCGGGGAGCCGCUGCUGGUGAAGAAGAGCGUGGCGUACAGCCAGCUGGCCGUGGACAGGGUGCGGGCCCUCGACGGCCUCUCCUAUGAUGUGCUCUUCCUGGGGACGGGGGACGGCUGGAUCCACAAGGCCGUGGUGGUGGGCUCUGGCAUCCACAUCGUGGAGGAGGUCCAGGUCUUCAGGGACCCACAACCUGUGGAGAGCCUGGUGAUCUCCCACGCCCAG